UCGUAGUAGGCAAGCUUGCCCGAGCGAGGACCGUGAGCCUGGUCGUGUGUUAGCUCGUGAAAUAUUGUCGGGACCGUCGCCAUGUUUAGAAGUGUGCCGUACGUCCUUGAUAAAGUCCAACUAAAAUGUAUCGUAAAAUAUUAGAUAUAUCUAAUGUACUGAACAUUACGUGAAGUACCUAAUUAAUUAAUUAAAACUGCUUUAAAUAAUUGUGCGGUUUAUUUAUCUGGAUGCCGUGUUUACGUACCGUAAUUUUGUGAUUAAAUAAUGUGUCAUGUGUAAUGAGUGAUAAGCAGGGCGUGCCAACUUUGCCGCCCCUAACUGGGGGUGGAAAUAACAAUGGGGGAAGCAGUUCUAGCAGCGGAACUCAGCAGCAAACAGUUAACUUGCAGCAAGUAUUGGCAAGCCAAGGUCUCAAUGUUCUCACUACCGGAGCUGGACAGCAAUUUGUUAUCGCAUCCUCAGUUCCUGGUCUUUCUCAGGUCAUACAAAGUGGCGCGACAACGACGGCUGGAUUACAACAAGUCACGCGUAUUGUCAACAUCAGCAACAUGUCAAGUGGUUCGCCUUUGGGAUCUCCCAACCGGCAGAACACGACGAAAGUUGUACUUGCGACAUCACCGAAACUCGUGAGAACCUCCCUCGGAAAUAUGUUUCUGACACCGACUUCUCACAUAACGUCAUCGCCGCCGGCCAAGAAGCUUAAAUUAUCAGAGACCUCGGAGAAGCCGACGCUGCUUGAUGACACCAACGGUUACCGUCGUCGGAUAAUGGAACAUAGGAUCAAAAGAAUGCGCGCAAUUCGCGAGAAAUACGCAGAGAACGUGUCUGAGCUUUACUUUCUCCACGCCGGCGGUAACAUCAUGGACUUCCAGGCGUGGAAGAAAAAGCAACCGACGGCCUCGUACCUCCAAUUCUUGCGACAGCACCGUUUAGAUCCUGAUGACGAGAACGAAGACCUCACAGCCCCACUACCUGUAUUUACAUACCCCACGGUAUCGACGGUGACGACUCUGAGCACGUCGAACGCGACUUCGAGUCAAGGGGUCGAAGUUAAGCUCGCGGGAGUUGGGGUUACUCCUGUAGCAGUUUCCACGACCUUACCUGCAACCGUUGCCCAGCUUAGUCAGCAAGUAGGACAGAUACCAGGUAGGACUCAAGGGGGCCGACAUGGAAUGGUAUUUGCCAUCCGAGCGGCUAUUCAAUCUCCAACAGUGAACGUUCACCCUUCACCCACGUCUACUCUAGCACCCACAUUCAUUAUAGUUCCAGAUUCAUCAAAACCGGCGGUGAUGACUGCAAAUCCUUCUGCAAAUAUAGCGAAUAAACAGCCUGCGGCCUCAACUUCCAUCAAAACAAUACCACCUACGACAACAGUAGCAACCACUACGGUAGCUAAUACUGUGACUUCAACGUCACCUCCUACGUCGUCGGGUCAACCUGUUGUUAAAAUUGUUAAAAUGCCUGCAAAUUCGCCUUCUUCAUGUGAUAGUCAAAAUAAUGAGCAAAUUGCAGAGAAAGCUAAACAAGAAGCUUAUGUAAUGCAAAGAAUAAAUGAACUACAGCGUGAGGGACUUUGGUCGGAAAAGCGACUACCAAAAGUACAAGAGCCUCCGAGAACAAAAGCGCACUGGGAUUAUCUGCUGGAAGAAAUGGUCUGGCUGUCUACUGAUUUUGCACAAGAGCGUAAAUGGAAAAAAGCUGCGGCUAAAAAGUGUGCGAGAAUGGUACAAAAACACUUUUUGGAGAAAGAAGCCCAAGCUCAAAAGGCGGAAAAAAUGCAAGAACACAAGCUCAAAAAAAUGGCCGGUGUUAUCGCCAAGGAAGUAAAAACCUUUUGGGCUAAUGUUGAAAAACUUGUGGAGUUCAAACAGCAGACGAGACUGGACGAGAAAAGAAAAAAAGUACUCGAUCAACGGUUGAACUUUAUGGUCGGGCAAACUGAAAAAUUUUCAACGUGGCUUACAGAAGGCCUCAAUAAAACUGAAGGCACUAUGAGUAUUUCAGCUUCCAAAAAUAGUUCGAGGAUAUCGUCACCUUUACCCACACAAAAACAACACUCAGAUGAUGAGUUUGAGCCUAAUCAAAGUUCUGAAGAUGACGAAGAAACGAUAGCUAAAGCCGAGGAAGAAAUGAAAUCAAAUCACAAAGAGGAAGUUGAGUUACUUAAAAAAGAAUCAGAAAUACCCUUGGAAGAUUUACUCAAAGAAUUACCACCAAAUUAUCUCGAAGAGAGGGAUAAAAGUUUAUCUCCGUCUCCAGAAGAUUCAAUUAAUGUUCAAGAAGAAGAAGAAAACAAUACGGAUGGCGAUGCUGAAUUUACUGUCGCUUCAGAAGAGUCUUCGGACGAUGAGAACACUAUUAUGGAGCAAGAGGAAGCUGAAGGCAAUUCCGUUGAUCAUCGGCAAGAGCUGGACGAUCUUAAAGCCGAAAAUGAAAUGUCUAUCGAUGAGUUGAUGGCCAAGUACGGAAAUAUGUCAGGAACUAUGGAAGUCGACGAAGACAGUGAGCAUGAAUCUGGUAAAGAGUCUGACAAGGAUGAUGAUAAAGAAGACGAUGAAGAAGAAGCUGAAGCCGAAGCCGAAGCCGAAGCCGAGGCCGAGGCAGAAGCUGAAGAUAAAUCUGAAAGUGAAAAUGAAAGCGAGGAUGAAACUAAAGAAGAUGAUGAGGAUUCACAAAGUCAGAGUGAUGAUGAAACUGAUGUUGGUUUGAAAUCAUUGUUAGAAGAUCUGGAUGAUAAAUCGUCAAAUAAAAAUCCGAAUGAGUCACAGUCUGAAGCACACAAUGAAAUGGACGACGCUGCCGCUUUGGCUGAAAGUAUUCAACCUAAAGGAAAUACACUUCUGACUACAAGUGUUGUGACUAAAAUUCCGUUCCUCUUGAAACACUCGCUUCGUGAAUACCAACACAUAGGUCUUGAUUGGCUGGUCACAAUGUAUGAGCGUAAAUUAAAUGGAAUAUUAGCCGAUGAAAUGGGUCUUGGUAAAACAAUUCAAACAAUAGCAUUGUUAGCCCACCUUGCAUGUGAAAAGGGCAAUUGGGGUCCUCAUUUGAUAAUUGUACCUACAUCUGUGAUGCUAAAUUGGGAAAUGGAGUGCAAAAAAUGGUGUCCGGGUUUUAAAAUUCUCACUUACUACGGAACUCAAAAAGAACGUAAGCAAAAGCGAACCGGUUGGACAAAGCCUAAUGCAUUUCACAUCUGUAUAACGUCUUAUAAGCUGGUUAUCCAGGACCAUCAGAGUUUCCGUCGAAAGAAGUGGAAAUACUUAAUUUUAGAUGAAGCUCAAAAUAUUAAAAAUUUCAAAUCACAACGAUGGCAGCUUCUGUUAAAUUUUCAAACUCAGAGACGUUUAUUGUUAACGGGUACACCCUUACAAAACAAUCUCAUGGAACUCUGGUCGCUCAUGCAUUUUCUUAUGCCCAAUGUAUUUCAAUCUCACCGUGAAUUCAAAGAAUGGUUCAGUAAUCCUGUUACCGGCAUGAUCGAAGGAAACAGUGAAUAUAACGAAAAUAUUAUUCGUCGACUUCAUAAGGUUUUACGUCCAUUUUUACUUCGAAGAUUGAAAACCGAAGUAGAAAAACAAUUACCAAAGAAAUAUGAGCACGUAAUAAUGUGCCGUUUAUCAAAACGUCAAAGAUUUUUGUACGAUGAUUUUAUGUCACGUGCUAAAACAAGAGAAACUUUGGCCAGCGGUAAUUUGUUGAGCGUUAUCAAUGUGUUGAUGCAAUUACGUAAAGUGUGUAACCAUCCGAAUUUAUUUGAAGUAAGACCGACGGUAUCACCUUUUCAAAUGGAAGCUAUUGACUUUGUCACAGCUUCUUUGGUGUGGAAUGUACUUGAUUACGAUCCUUUUAAGCACAUCGAUUUGUCGAUUUUAAAUUUGAAUCUAUUAAAAUUAGAGCGGACAAUCACCGCGUUUGUGUCACACAGAGUGCGUCGCUUCCAAACACCACGUAAAUUGAUUGAAGAAAUAGAUAGCCAACCGCCACCACCACCGCGUUGUCCAGCUGGAAAAAUAAAAAUAACUGUAAGACUGUCAAAUCAAGUUAAACCGCCACCGGUAACUCCACAGCAAAUAACGCAAGCUAAAAUUAAAAGUUUGACUGGUAUUUUACCAACACCGCGAGUGGGUACGUCGCCGCUGAUUAAAACUCUUAAUAACCAAACCACUGGGCAAGGCGUAACACUACGUGUUGCCGGUGGUCAGCAACUUCAGGGUUACGUCCAGCUUGUACAACACCAAGGCAACGUCAAAGCAAUACCCAUGGCUGCUAUACCGCACAACUCUCAAACAACAUCAUCUAGCACGGGUACUCCGGCAACAAUUAACGCUCAGAAAAUAGCUGUGAGCAGUCCAAAUAUUCGUGAUGGUUUACAGAGAUUAACGCAAACUGUCACAUUCAAACAGGGUGACUCUGUACAGAGGAUACCUAUGUCCAGUUUUGCUCAAUUGGUUCAAACGUCAACCGGAAGGCAUAUUAUCCUUCAUUCCAGUCAACAAACUACUAACACCGUUUCUUUUCCUGUAAUGACAUCGAGUGGCCAAAGACUAACAGUCCUUUCACCAAAAUUUACCCCAGUAACUAAAGUUGUUGGCGGUGUGGUAACAACAUCAGCAAAUACAGUCGGAGGUCGGCCUGUAAUGCGAGUGCCACCAUUGAAUGUUUCGACGACAGUAGCUUCGACAAUGGCAUCGCCGCCGCAACCACAAAUACGCAGCAUAGUAACUCGAGGUGCUAGCAUCGUAACAACUGGUGGUGUCACUAGUGCAAACAACAGCAGCAAUGCCAAUGGUACUGCACAACAAAAAGAAGUGGUUAAAAAACGAAAAGAAAGUCCAAAAUCUGACUUUUACAUGGCGCAACUGGAAGAAGAUCGGCGACAAAGGCGGCAAGCUAAGUUGCGUACCAUAGCGAACAUUAACGAGCGUAAAUGCGCAGCGUGUCCUUUGUACGGUGAAGACCUUUUCACAGCGUUGAGAAUUGACAAACCAGCUUCAGGUUGUCAGUGGCACAAUGGCUGGUUGAAUUGUACGAAUGCCAAGCAACCAGCACGGACACGUCGUCAAUAUUUCUCCCGCACAGAAGCUCUUGCUCAAGCGAUAAAAUCAACAGAACAAAUAGUCGAAGAGUUGAAGGAAGUGUUUGAACGUUUUGUCUGUUAUGUACCAGCAGUAAGAGCUCCUAUGCCGCGUUUCCACGUUUCUCAUCCAGCACCGAGUAAAUUAUGGCAACAUCAGCGCAUGCAGAUGGUCCUUCAGCGGCGAUUAACGCCUAAAUGUGCAGUACUCCAUCCAAUAAGUAGCGCGAUGAUGACACAAUUUCCCGAUCCACGACUUAUACAGUAUGAUUGUGGUAAAUUGCAAUCAUUAGAUCGUUUAUUGAGAAAAUUAAAGAGUGGAAGUCAUCGUGUGCUGAUAUUUACACAAAUGACAAGAAUGUUGGAUGUACUUGAGGCAUUUCUUAAUUAUCACGGUCAUAUUUAUUUAAGAUUAGACGGUACAACACGCGUUGAUCAGCGUCAAUUUCUCAUGGAAAGAUUCAAUGGUGAUAAACGUAUAUUUUGUUUCAUACUAUCGACGAGAUCGGGUGGUGUUGGUGUCAAUCUUACUGGAGCUGACACAGUUAUAUUCUACGAUAGCGAUUGGAAUCCUACUAUGGACGCUCAGGCGCAAGAUCGUUGUCAUAGGAUCGGACAGACUCGAGAUGUUCACAUUUACCGACUUGUUAGUGAAAAGACUGUUGAAGAAAAUAUUCUCAAAAAGGCCAAUCAAAAGAGAUUACUCGGUGAUCUAGCUAUUGAAGGUGGUAAUUUCACUACUGCGUACUUCAAGAGUUCGACAAUCCAGGACCUCUUUAAUAUUGAUCAGACUGAAAAUGAUGCGUCGGCACGUAUGGCUGAUAUCGUUGAACAAAAAAGAGAACGUGACAAGUCACUGCUGAAAGAAGUCUCGUCUUGUUCGAGUAGUAAUAGUGCUAAUAAUAGUAAUGCUGUAACACCGGUUGUCGAAGAAAAGGUAGCGAUGGGGGCUUUGGAGAGUGCACUUGCCGCUGCUGAAGAAGAUCUCGAUGUGUUGGCUGCGAAAACUGCCAAAGCUGAGGCUGUUGCCGAUCUUGCUGAGUUUGAUGAAAAUAUUCCUUUGGACGAUGCUGAUCGGGAGGACACGCAAAUCAGUAAAGCUGAACAAGAAGUUCAGAAUUUGAUUUCACAGCUAACACCAGUGGAACGGUACGCGAUGAAAUUUGUCGAAGAAACCGAAGGUACAUUUUCAGCAGCCCAAUUAGCAGCAGCAGAACGCGAACUGGAGGAACAGAAAAAAGAAUGGGAGUUGGACCGACUACGUGCUCUACGUGAGGAAGAAGAACGACGAAUGAGGAUGGCUGAUGAUGACGAUAAGCCAUUGACAUUUAGCCGCGAGGAUGCUCAGAAUCAGGUUAAUAGUAAUAAUAAUUCUAAGAGAGUAGGUAAUAAUAGUAAUAAAAAACGUCAGGUCGCGCCGAGUAGACGUAGUUCUCGUAGACGUAGUAGAACAUGUGAAUCUUCAGUGAGUGAAUCCGAGUCUUCGACUGAAAGCGAAUCGGGCUCUCAGGAGGAUCUCGCUGAGGAUAAUAAUUCUGAUGUUGAAGAGUCAAGUCAAGAUAGUCAGGUUGAUGAUGACGAGAUGGGUGAGGAGGGUGAUAACGACGAUGAUGACGAUGGUGAUAACGAGGAUGAUGAUUCACAGGUGAAUAAAUUUGAAAAUACUAAACGGCGACCAGGUCGUCCUAAAAAAAUAAAAUUACGGAAAAAUCACCUCGAUCUCAAUAGUCCACGGACAAGAUCUCGCGGUAAUGUUAAAAUAAAUCUAUGGACUCUAGAUGUAAGCCCAAUUUUACCGGUUGUUAAACGUAGUUACAAAGAAAUUCAUUGGCGGAAACGUAAUAAACGUGAUAAUAAUCUUGACAAAAGUACUGAUAAUGAAAAUAAUGAUGAUAGUUCAAUAAUGGAUCAUGAUAAUGAUAAUGAUAAUGAUGCUAAUAAUACUGAUGAUAAAUCUUCAGUUGUAGAUGAUCAAAGCAAAUCUAUUGUGUCAUUAACUAGCCCUAGUGUUAAUGAUGCGGAGAAUGAAAUUAAUGAAAUUAAUGAGGAAGAAAAGAGCGAGGUGGGUUCUGUUGAAGAAAUGAUUAAAUCGGAUGUUGAUGAGAAAAUGUCUGAUGUUACGGGCUCCAUGAUAAUGGACAUGUCUGAGUCUAAUGACGAAAGUGACAUCAAGCAGGAGGAAUUAACAUCUGAGUUGUCGAAUAAAACAACUCCCUGUGAAUCUUCGUGUCCCGAGUCGCCAAAAUUAACCAGUGAUACAUUAGAAGAAUAUAAAGUUCCGUGCGACGAAAGUAAACGCACUCGCUCAAGUCGUAAUAACGCUAAAAAAUUAUCAGAUGAUUCGAUUGCUAAAUUUGAAAUUACAGAAGAGGUGAAUCAUGUGACGCGGUCCCAUAAACCUGAAUUUAAAGAUAUUCAUGAAGACACCGAGAAUUUGGACGUUAAUGUCGGUUCGCCAAAUAACAGGAUCAAUACGUCACCGAUGACCGUCAACGACGUGGUGGAUGAUGAGUACUGUAUUAUAAGUAACAAAGAAAAAUCAGGAGAUGAUUCUUCAGCGGAUUCUUCGUGCACGGACGUGAAUGCUGAACCGAAGAUAGAGACGAUUAUUUUGAGAAAAACGCGAACAAGAUCUUCGUUGAGCAACGUACCUUUGAGCAGUCGAACUCGUCGCGCUUCAAAGAUCCACAAGUCAGAGGACAUCAUUGACGUUGAAGCUAAAGAGAUAAAGCAAGAGUCGAUAGACGGCGUUGAGGAAGGAAAAAGUCAACUUGAGAAAACCAGCUGGCCGAAAGUUUGCGUUGAAAAUAUUUUGUUGGAUGAAUCCGUGCCAAUUGAGGCAACUAUUUUGCCUCCCGUCGAAUCGACUGUCUCAAAGCCGCAGAACUCUGACGAUAAAACCUCUGAGUCGCUGCCGAAUCCUAAUCUUACUCUGCGAUUAAAAAUAACUCGUCCAGAUACUCCAUUUCCGCGUAUUUUAAGACGCCGGACUAAAGCUCAUUCGCCGUUUGCAGAACCACUGGCUCCUGUGUCGGACGAGUCCAGAAAAGCUCGGAAAAGUUUAGAAAAAAAAAUAGUCAAAAAAUCUUCCGAAUCUGAGCCAGCGCCAGAAGAAGAGAAAAAACCCGAAGGACGCAAGAGUCCUAUAUUAAUUUUAUCAGAUAUUAAAUUAAAAUUACCAAUUCCCAAAUCUCCGCAACCUCCACCACAAUUACAACCAGAAACCUCCACUUCAUCGUCAUCGCGAGUGACGCGUUCGUCAAUGGUUCUAGAUUCUCCUAUUGUGGUCAUCAAAGAGCGCUCGUCUUCAGAUAGACCUACCACACGGUCUCAGGGCAACAUGGACAAUGGGUUUCUAUUGCCGACUCAGAUAAAUCGCAAAUCUCGGGGUAAUUCACAGCCCAAAGUAAUAGCGACAACUCCAGAGUCAAAAUCAAAAUUAAAUGACAGUGUUAAUACGUUUCCCGUCACUCCGAAGCGGAGGCCCGAUACACCAGUUCCUAAAAAAUCAUCACGCAUCACCAGAUCAGCAGAUUCUAUUUUAUUUACUAACUACAAUUUGAACGCUAAUUUGUCUAACAAAAAUAACAAGACGCGUCGCACUUCUACUUGUUUGGAAAAAAAUGAAGAUGUCCAUGCACGCACACCGUCGCCGGAGAAUAUUUCUGCCAAGAAAGACUCCCUGGAUACAGAUUCAAAUGGUAAUGCUGUUAAUAAUGAUUCUUUUAAGAAUAAAGAUAAAGACGCUGCGACUCCCGUGGACAAUGAGCGCCCGCAAAGAACAGCCAAAGUUGUUGCCAUGAUAACUCUAGACACUCAUUCAAGGAUAAAUCACAACAAAACGAGUCCCCAUAACUCGUCAAGUAAAAAAAGCGAGGAAAAACGGGACUGCGAGGUGAUCUGUAUGGAAGAUCCGGUGGGCAUUAAAGUCAGAUCAAGAAGCAGUAAAUUAAUUUCCUCGGCAUCGUCGUCGUCGUCAUCACCUGUCGAAACUGUCGCAUUAAACGAUGAAAGUGAGUCGGAAAGCGACACUGAGUUAAGAGAUAAAAGAUUGCGUAGUAAAAGUAUAAAAAGAUCACAAAGACUCAUUAAAUCAGGGUUAAAAAAUAAAUUUAAUGACAUACAAAUUUCAGACGCCGCGGAUGAUGACGAAUUAGGGCCUAAUAAAAAAAUAAUAAAACUUAGUACUGUUGAUAGUAAGCUUAACCGUCAGGUUUCUUGAGUUUAAUUUAUUGGUUUAAAAAAUUAUCAUUUUUAUUUAUAUCAUUCACAUUGUUUAAACUUUUUUUUAACGUUUUUCUUUUUAUCAACUGCUUCAUUUAAUCUUGCCUAAUAAUUGUGAAUUAUGUAAAUAUAUUAAAUUAAUAGUUAAAGUUGUAAUAAUUAACAAUUGAUAGAGAACGGAAUUAAAUUCCGUACUUAAUUUGAUUAUUAACUGAUAAAUUUGUACUGGAUUUUAAAUAAGCUGUGUCUGAUGUUGUAAAAAGAGCGGAGUAGUAAUAACAA